UCCGACGGAAUAUCGAGCGAUCGAGUGUUUUUUCGACCGAUUUACGGUCCUUAUCAGGAGGUGGCAGGAAGACGAAAAAAUUCCUUCGGUUUUGACAUUUCUUGCGGAGCACCACUUUUUUUUCUUUGCUGGAUUCGUGAUGCAAAGGCAAUCGAAAUCGUUGGCUGGAAGUUGACUUCGUCGUGUCGUUUCCGGUCGAUUGUGCGGGGACGGUUCUGCGGGGAAAGGGUUGCGGUUCGCGAGUGAAAAAGUGUUGUGAUUGAUUUAUUUUUUCCUUCCUUUGAAAUUGUGAUUUCUGUUUGAUUUUUAGCAGAGCUCUAGAAAUCGCCCUAAAAUGACAGGUCAUUGUUUUGAUCGAGUGAAUUCUUUGCAGAUCGCUGGUGAUCACAUCCUCAUAUACGAAGCGUAUUACAAACAGCUCGACCCAAAGGAGAGCAAUGAGAUCGGGGCGCUCGAAGCGGCAAAAUUUCUCAAAAAAUCCGGACUAAGCGAUGUGGUACUGAGCCGCAUCUGGGACCUGUCGGAUCCGACCGGCCGCGGGUUCCUCAACAAGGAUGGCUUCUUCGUAGCACUCAAGCUGAUUGGUCUGGCCCAGGACGGAUCCGAUAUCAACAUGAAGAACAUCUACAACGUGCUGGGGAAGCCGCCGCGGGUCGGAGACUUGCCGAAGGUUCCUACCCAGGUCAAGCUGGUCGCGACGGAGAACACGGACUGGUCGAUGAAGCCCGAGAAGCGGCAACAGUACGAGCAGUUGUUUGAGUCGUUGGGUCCUUCCGGGGGGUUGCUGCCGGGGGCGAAGGUGCGCUCGACGUUGAUGAAUUCGAAGCUGCCGGUGGACACGCUAGGGCGCAUUUGGGACCUCGCCGAUCAGGACCGCGACGGCAGCCUGGACAAGCACGAGUUUUGCGUGGCGAUGCAUUUGGUGUACGAAGCACUGGACAAACGAGCCAUUCCGGCGACCCUGCCGCCACAACUCCAACGCAACGCAGCGGUCAACAAUAACAGCUUCGAUGCAUUCGGCGGCGAUGGCGGCUUUGUGGCCAACUUCCCGACAGACAUUGCCCCGCCACCGGUGGUUCCACCUCUUCCUGCGGUCACGCGACCAGCCAUGCCGCCGGCCAUUCCGCCGAUGGUUCCACUCAUUCCGGCCGGCGGUGGUGAUCCGAACGCUUGGGUCGUAUCCACGCUGGAACGCUGCCGUUACGAGGAGAUAUUCAACAAGAGUGAUACCGACCGGGACGGGCUCGUAUCCGGGUUCGAAAUCAAGGAAGUAUUCCUGCAGUCGGGCGUGCCCCAGAACCUGCUGGCCCAGAUCUGGGGCCUGUGCGACACCAACCAGUGCGGCAAGCUGCGCCUGGAGGAGUUUUGUCUGGCGAUGUGGUUCGUUGACCGCGCCAAGAAAGGCAUCCCGCCACCGGAGGUGCUCGCGCCGAACAUGGUUCCACCGGGCAUGCGGAAGGGCUCACUAAUUGCCGCAGCGGAACCAAAACCAACGUACAACAAUCCAGAGCUAGAGAUGAUUUCCAAAGAGAUUGAAGAGUUGUGCAAGGAGCGGCGCCUGAUGGAGCAGGAGGUCGCCCAGAAGGAGGCCGACGUGCGAAUAAAGCGCGGCGAGGAGCGUAGCUUGCAGAGCGAGAAGGACACGCUGACGGCCACGCUAAAGCAGCUUGAGAAUCAGAAGGGCGAGGCGCAGAAACGCUUGGACGACCUCAAGAACCAGAGAGUUGAAGUAGAUGCGGAGAUUGCUAUUGCUCGAGAGCAGGUCAACAAGAUUCGCGAACAAUGCCAGAAGCAGGAAGAUACGCUGAAGGAUCAGGAAGGUGAGCUGGAUUCGCGCCGUUCCGAGCUGCAGAAGCUCAAGGACGAGGAGCAAGCGCUGGAGCGAGAGUACAACUCGUGCACCAAGGACGUCGAUCGGCUCACGUCGCAGCUGCAGGACACCCAGCUGGAGAUUAGCCAGGUCAAGGCGAUGGUCACGCAGAUCCAGGAGUACCAGCGCCAGAUGACGGACGCGCUGGCCAUGUUCCGCAACGCGAUCGACACGAACGAUCCGUCGCUGGUGUCGGACUAUUCGCUCAAGAUCGAGCCCGAGUUCCGCGAGGCCAAGCAGGCCCUCGAAGAGAAAGAGGUGGAGAACGCCAACAAGCGCGAUCCGUUCGGAGAUAAUAAGGCGGCGGCUGCCGCGAACGGGUUCGGUGGGGUUUCGGACGGGGAGACCGGCUUUGGGGAUGAUUUCAAGACGAACGGAUUCGGGACCCAGUUCGAUACGAACACCAACAAUGGCUUCCAAAGUGGCGGCGGUUUCGAUGAUGGCUUUGCCAACGCGUUCGAUAACAAGCCGAGAGAUCCGUUUGGAAGUGGUGGAGGCCAUGCCGAUCCGUUUGCCGAGACGCGGGCAGCGGCCGCUGAGGCCCCCAAGGACGAGUUCGGUUGCGAUCCGUUUGCCAUACUUCACGCCCCAACCAACGCUAGUCAGGCGCUCACGCCCAGCCCGAGCCGAUCGGUGGCCCCGCCCCGGCCGGAAUCACCGAGCCCGGCCCUGCCGCCCAAGAAGGCGAAACAACCUCCGCCAAGGCCCGCUCCGCCGAGACCACUGCAGGGUCCGACCCCAACCAAGCCGGCCCCACCCGCGACGGACGCGUUCGGCGAUAGCAGCGGCGGCGGCGGAUUCGCCAACUUUGCCGACUUCGACAAUAAGAACCUGAAACCUGCCACCACCACCACCAUCUCCACCGCCUCCCCAAUCAUUCCAUCGCCCUCGCCGGUAAGUUCGCUCCGAUUCCCACCGGUGGGAGCCUCUCCGACGCUGCCCGUGCUGCUGGGAACCGCCCCAACUUUGGCAGUAGUGCCCCCAGCUGCCCCUUCGCCGGCGCCGGUGGUAGUCACCGGUACCGCCACCCCCGCUGUAGACUUUGUCGAAGAUCCCUUCAAGGACUACCGGUACGAGGACCCGUUCGCCAUCGAAGAUCCGUUUGCGGACGACGGUGAGGACGUUGGCGACAAGUCAGACCCAUUCGCCGCUAAUACAAAUCUACUGAACAACCGGGCGGUCACGCCGAAGGAUCGCCUGGAGGAUCUGUUUGGCGACGCUUUGAACAACAACUUUGGCGCGCUUGAUAUCACCGACGCCGAUCGCUUCACGCCCAGCACCAGCAGUAGUAUUAAGAGGACGACCUCGUCGGCCACGGCCGACCCGUUCGACGCUUUCAACGAUAACUUUAGCAAGAAGAGCAACACCGACCAGGAGACGCUGUUCCGAGCGUUCGGAACGACCGCUGCCGCCGCAUUCCCGGAGACCAAAAACGCCAGCCCGUUUGGCGAUGACGACGCGUUCGGAAAGAUGGACUUUUCCAACAACAACAACAACAACAGCAGCAGCCGUAACGGAGCGUCGGAUUCGUUCGAUUUCGCCAACUUUGGCGCGUUCAACACCAACCUCAGCAAGAGCUCGUCCUCGGUUGGUUCGCUGAAGCGCCAGGGCGCGCUUCGAGGCCACGAGAAGAAGCAGGAACCGCCGUUGGCGGUUAAGUUUAACGAAGAUUACUCCAAGGAUGACCUCCAGUUCGAGGCGGAUCUGCAGUCGAUUCUCGAGCGGUCCAAGAUUGACCAGUGAAGGUUGGAUUGAGACUCAGUUGUUGAUUUCUGUUUGAUUACUUUUUUUUUGUUUCGUUACGUUUCAUGACUCGUUUCUUCUCGGAACUGAAAACCGGUCCUACCGAAUCGGUGACCGACCAGAGAAAAAACACUUUUAAUACUUAACGUUUUGAAAUUGUCCCUCCCCAGCGGGGAAGGGAAUCGUCGAAUUGAUGCUUCUUUCUUUUUUGUUUGUUAAUUUGCGCACAGAACGAGCUUUCGUUGUGCAGUUUCGUUGUCGUUAAAUAAAGCAAUCACUUGUCUUUUGUUUUCUGAAACAACUGUUAAACUAAAUUUCUUUUCCUAACAAUCGACUGAGACGCCUACAAUUCCAUCACUUUUUCUUAAAUGUGUUUCGCGUUAAACGGUUUAGCUUUAUACAUUCGCCAAUUAUUCGAGUUAAGAGGGUCCACAUUCAACGGGUGUACGAUUUGAGUUUUGUGAGUGUAAAUAUUAUUCGUUCUGCAGGUGUGCUGUGUGCUCCAUAGAGAUUUCAACGCGCGGUGCUCUGUUGCUCCUCGAGGUGAAGCUUUCGUAUCGUUAUAUACUCCUACCGCAUUAUAUAAAUUAACUGUAGAAUAACUCUACCUACCAACUAGCGAGUCAGUGAUCCCAGAAGCUAUUUAUUCCUAUUUCUGAGGGAAGAUUAAAGAAAAGAGAAAAUAUUCGAAAAUAACAGAUGGAAAUUAAACUGAAGGUUUGGCAACAACAAGAAAUGCUUUAAUUAUGUGUGAAUGCUACCGAAGAGUA